AGUUGAUCAAUCCAAGACAGAAAAAAAAAAAACUCCUCCCAAAUCUGCACAUCCUAUCAUCUUCAAUCUUCAUUAUUAAUAAACCUAAAUCUAUCUAAAAAGUUGUAUCUCUCUCUCUCUCUCUUUGGGGGGUGCUUCACAGCUACAAAAAGUUUUAACCUUCCGUUUCUCAUUCUGAAAUAUUUCUAAGGAGAGAUCUGAAAGUUUUCGUUCCUUUUAACCGAUCAUCGUUUCCUUUUCGAAGCCGUUCAUCUGGUUUUGUAAAGGGGUUCACUGAAAGACAAAGUUGUUUUUACUCUUUGUAUGGAGUGAAGAAUGCCAGAGUUAAGAAGUGGAGCACGUAGAUUGAGACAACCUAACCCUCAGGUGAUUGAUCAGGCGGAGAAUAUUGAGCUUCCUCCUCAAGCUGCAACAAGGAGAAGAGGUGGUGGUGGUGGUGGUGGUAGAGGAAGGGGAACCGCAGCUUUAGCCAAAGACGCUGCACCUCCAAGACCAACUGGUAGAGGUCGAGGCCGAGGCAUCAGGCUAAUAGAUUUAGAGGCCGAGCCUUGUGAGGUUCGUCCAGUGGUAGGUGAACCGGUGGCUGCUGAUAAGGGUAUCGCUAUGGAAGGUGGUAGCCCGGAUAAGGCAGUGGGUGUGGAAGAAGAUCCCAGCUCAGCUCCUGUCCCUGAAAGGGUACAAGUUGGAAACUCUCCUGUUUACAAGACUGAGAGGAAGCUCGGUAAAGGAGGCUUUGGUCAAGUUUUUGUUGGUAGAAGAGUGAGUGGUGGCAGCGAUAGGAUUGGUGCAGAUGCAAUUGAGGUGGCUCUGAAAUUUGAGCACCGGAAUAGCAAAGGAUGCAAUUUUGGCCCACCUUACGAGUGGCAAGUUUACAAUACGCUCAACGGUUGCUAUGGAGUUCCUGCGGUACAUCAUAAGGGUCGUCAAGGAGAUUUUUACAUUCUUGUCAUGGACAUGCUUGGCCCGAGCCUCUGGGAUGUUUGGAAUUCUUCGGGGCAAUCGAUGUCUCCAAACAUGGUAGCGUGCAUUGCAGUUGAGUCCAUAUCCAUUCUUGAGAAAUUUCAUAUGAAAGGGUUUGUCCAUGGAGAUGUGAAGCCUGAAAACUUUUUACUCGGUCAACCCGGAACAGCAGAUGAGAAGAAACUCUACCUUGUUGAUCUUGGUCUAGCAUCAAAAUGGAAAGAUUCGCACUCAGGCCAUCAUGUUGAAUAUGAUCAAAGACCUGAUGUGUUCAGGGGAACAAUAAGGUAUGCAAGUGUUAAUGCACAUCUAGGUCGUACUGGAAGUCGGAGAGAUGAUCUGGAGUCAUUGGCUUACACUUUAAUUUUUCUCCUGAAGGGAAGAUUGCCAUGGCAAGGUUACCAGGGUGAUAACAAGAGCUUUCUUGUUUCCAAGAAAAAGAUGUCAACAUCUCCUGAAUUAAUGUGCUGUUUUUGUCCACCACCGUUUAAGCUAUUCCUAGAGGCAGUUACUAAUAUGAAGUUUGACGAGGAGCCUAACUAUGCCAAGCUGAUUUCGAUUUUUGAUACUCUAAUUGAACCAUCUGCUUUAUCUAGACCUAUUAGAAUUGAUGGGGCUCUUAAGGUUGGACAAAAACGAGGAAGAUUGCUUCUUAAUCUGGAAGAGGAUGAACAGCCGAAGAAGAAAAUCAGAAUAGGCAGUCCUGCUACUCAAUGGAUCUCAGUCUAUAACUCUCGUCGUCCCAUGAAACAGAGAUAUCACUACAAUGUGGGAGACUCAAGGCUGGACUCGCAUGUACAGAAGGGUAAUGAAGAUGGUCUUUUGAUUAGCUGUGUAGCAUCAUCAGCCAAUCUCUGGGCCCUCAUUAUGGAUGCUGGAACUGGAUUCACUUCUCAAGUCUAUGAAUUGUCAACCGUCUUCCUGCACAAGGAGUGGAUAAUGGAACAGUGGGACAAGAACUACUAUAUAAGUUCGAUAGCUGGUUCAGAUAACGGGAGCUCGUUAGUUGUUAUGUCAAAAGGAACUUCUUAUAGUCAGCAGUCAUACAAAGUGAGCGACUCAUUUCCAUACAAGUGGAUAAAUAAGAAAUGGAAAGAAGAUUUUCAUGUAACGUCUAUGACAACUGCCGGUAAUCGCUGGGGUGUGAUAAUGUCUAGGAACUCUGGCUUCUCUGAUCAGGUGGUGGAGCUUGAUUUUUUGUACCCAAGCGAUGGAAUACAUAGGAGGUGGGAGAGUGGGUACAGAAUAACAUCAAUGGCUGCAACUGCGGAUCAAGCAGCUUUUAUAUUAAGCAUACCAAAGCGUAAACUGAAUGAUGAAACUCAAGAGACUCUUCGCACUACUGCCUUUCCAAGUACUCAUGUCAAGGACAAGUGGGCGAAAAAUCUCUACAUUGCAUCAAUAUGCUAUGGCAGGACAGUGUGCUGAUACGCAGUUAGCAUCAUAUGUUCUGUUGGAAAGCCAAAGACAAUUGGAGCUGCUUGAGGAGUUAUAAUACCAAUCAAAAUGGUAAAACCAGACGCAGCCUGAUUGUUGAAUGCGUCUUGAUAUGUAUGUAACAAAAGAAAGAAAAGAGAAGAUGGAAUUAGUAAUAGAAAGAUUUGAGAGCUUUUUAAGCCAUUAAAUGUGUGCUUAUUUAUUGUCAUCAUUUGCCUUUCAAUGCGUCUCUGGACUUGUUCCUGUU